CAAAGUGCUAUUUGUCUUUGAUAAAAGGGAAAGUUCAGUUUCAUUUCUUGUUCAGUUGCUGUUCCUGCUCUCAGUGAUGGCGGCUGCUGAUCUGAGAGACGAGCUGAGCUGCUCCAUCUGCCUGAGCAUUUAUACUGAUCCUGUAUCCCUGCCGUGUGCCCAUAACUUCUGCCGGGGCUGUAUUGGGAGGGUGCUGGGCACCCAGGAGGGAUCUGGGCCUUAUUCCUGCCCUGAAUGCAGACAGGAGUUUAAGGAGCGCCCUGCCCUGCCCAGGAACAGAACUCUGGGGAACAUAGCAGAGCGAUUCCUUUCUGCUCAGCCCGAGCCGGGGGACACUGGGAUUCCCUGCACCUACUGUGACUCCCAUGUACCUGCUGUUAAAUCCUGUCUCCUGUGUGAGGCUUCUCUGUGUAAUAAGCACCUGAGGAUGCACAGCAAGUCAGCAGAACAUGUACUGACCCAACCCACUGAUUCCUUCAUGGAAAGAAAAUGUUCUGUACACAAGCGGAUCCUGGAGUUUUACUGCUGCGAGACCUGUGUCUGUGUGUCCUGCUGUCUGGCCGGAGAGCACAGGGGCCACAGGGUGGAGCUGCUGAGUGAGGCCUCUGAGAAGAAGAAAGAGACACUGAGGAAAGUUGUGGAGAAACUGAGGCCAGAGAGAGAGGAGACUGAGAGAGGAGCCCAGAGACUGCAGGAGCGCAGGAGAGAAGUGGCAGAAAAAGCAGCCGGUGAGACAGAGAGAGUCACUGCCCUGUUUAGAGACAUCAGGGAACAGCUGGAAGCCCUAGAGAAGCGACUCCUGAGUGACAUCUCCAGCCAGAAAGAGAAGCUCUCACUCACACUCACUGAUCUGAUGGAGCAGCUGGAAAUAAAGAAGGACGAGCUGUCCAGGAAGAUCCGUCACAUUGAGGAGCUGUGCAACAUGGCAGAUCCACUCACUGUCCUACAGGAACGGGAAUCACAUGGAGCUGCAGAUAAUGAGGGGGGCAGAGAGAGACAUGAUAUAAAGGUCCCUGCUGUAGGGGAUCUGGAUGUGGAUCUGAUCUCAGAGACAUUACUCACAGGCUUAGCUGCCAUUGGGACUGGGGUAAAGGGAAGGUGGAUCUAUGGGCAGGAGGCUACAGACCUGUUACUGGAUAUAAACACGGCUCAUAAUUACUUAUCUGUAUCAGGGGACAGGAAAUCUGCUUCCUUCUCACUAACAGAACUACAUUACCCACAAUCCCCAGAGAGAUUUCAGGAAUAUGCUCAGACUUUAAGCAGCAGGAGUUUCCCCUCAGGGCGACAUUACUGGGAAGUGGAGGUCAGUGAAUCAGGGGAUUGUGGGGUAGGGGUGGCCUAUCCCAGUAUAGAGAGGAGAGGGAAUCAGUCCUGUAUUGGGAAUAAUAACAAGUCCUGGUGUUUGUACAGAUGGGAUGAUGAUUCCUAUACAGUGAGACAUGACAGUAGAGACACACAUUUACCCCACGUCUCUUCCUGCAAGAGAAUUAGGAUCUCAUUGGACUAUGAGGCCGGACGUCUGUCCUUUAAUGAGCUGAGUGAGCCAAUCAGACACUUACACACCUUCACUGUCACAUUCACUGAGCCCCUUCAUGCUGCAAUUUAUCUUUAUGGUGAUGAUGCCUCAGUAAAAUUCCUUAAAUAAGUCCCUGCCCAGGGCUGGAGUCAAUGUUUAUAAUAAGCCAAUCUGAUGUGACUCCCCCUACCAGUAAAUUAACCCAAUAAACCCUUGAAGUGCCACCAUUCAGGAUAAACAGAAAUAUUGAACCGAUAGCCAAGUCUUCUGCCGAUAUGGGUCAUCUUGUCUCCCACCAUACACUCACCGAAUAUCGUACAAAAGAUCUUUUGUAUGAUCAAUAUUGGUGCGUGUAUGACCACCUCAACUUAGUUUGUUACAGAAUGGCUAAUUCUAAGCAAUUUUUAAAGUGGCCUUAAUUUUUUAUUUUUUUAUAGUUUUUCA